CCUCCCUUCUUUAAAGUGGCUUGCCGGACUCGGCCAGUCGGCCCUCUCCCAAAGCCAAAGCAGGUUCUAGCCAGCCAUCACCACACUGCACUGAGCAGCUCUAGCCUCAGCAGCACGCGGCCAUGACUACGGCGUCGACGGCGGGGAUGAUACAGGCGCUGCUUGCGCUCGUGGCCUUCUCCGCGGUGGCGGUGGCGGAGGCGGCUAAGGUGCCGGCGAUGUACGUGUUCGGCGACUCGACGGCGGACGUCGGCAGCAACAACUACCUUCCGGGCAGCGCGGUGCCGCGGGCCAACUUCCCGCACAACGGCGUCGACUUCCCCACGUCGCGCGCCACCGGCCGGUUCAGCAAUGGCUACAACGGCGUCGACUUCUUGGCUCUUAACAUGGGAUUCAAGCGCAGCCCCCCGCCAUUCCUCUCGGUUGCCAACCGAACCAACAAGCAGAUUGCCACAGGACUGCUGGGAGUGAACUUCGCCUCUGCAGGAUCAGGCAUUCUCGACACGACGGGAGACUCAAUCGUCGCAAUGAGCAAGCAGGUCGAACAAUUCGAGACUCUUCGGUGCAACAUUUCUGCACGUAUCAGCAGGGAAGCAGCGGACAACGUGCUGUCGAGAUCCUUGUUCCUCCUCAGCACCGGCGGCAACGACAUCUUUGCGUUCUUCUCGGCGAACAGCACGCCGACGGUAGAGCAGAAGCAGCUCUUCACCCGCGACCUCGUUUCGCAGUACAAAACACAUAUGAAGGCUCUAUAUGAUCUCGGGGCGAGGAAGAUCGCCGUCAUCGACGUCCCGCCGAUCGGGUGCUGCCCCUACCCGAGAAGCCUGCACCCUCUCGGUGCCUGCAUCGAUGUCCUGAACGAGCUCACUCGUGGGUUCAACAAGGGCGUCAAGGAUGCCAUGCAUAGCCUCAGCGCCAGCUUGAGUGGCUUCAAGUACUCCAUAGGGAGCUCGCACGCCGUUGUGCAGAGCAUCAUGAAGCACCCACAAAGACUAGGGUUCAAGGAGGUCACUACGGCGUGCUGCGGCUCAGGCAGGUUCAACGGCAAGACGGGGUGCACGCCCAACGCCACGCUGUGCGACAACCGGCACGAGUACCUCUUCUGGGAUCUGCUGCAUCCCACGCAUGCCACCUCCAAGCUCGCCGCCGUGGCCAUCUACAACGGCUCGCUGCACUUCGCGGCGCCCAUAAAUUUCAGGCAGCUAGUGGAGGACCAGUCCUAGAGCUCGGAUCUGUGCAUGAUCGAGUUGUGUUAUAAAUUUGGUUUAUAUGUCUGUUGGUGGUACUAGUGUAGGAUAUGCACGGCGAUGUUCGUCUCUGGUUUAUCUUGUGUACAUUAGGUGUGGUGGUGUCGCGUAGUGUGGAUUAUGAAAAUCAAAAUGACAUCUCUCAACCCUUUCUUUGUUGAUACUUCA